ACUUCGUGACAACCCGGCUCCCCCUCUGUUAUACACCCAGCAACUCUCUGUCUCUCAUAUAUAUACUAAAGCUGCGAAUCUCAUCAUCAUCGUCGUCAUCUAUCCCGAAGAACUCUGUUUAGCAUCUCUUUCCAAUCCACUUUAAUUCAAUUCCCUCUACAUACUAGUGUAGAAAAGAUGCCGUGUUUAGCACACAGGAAUGAGCAUUACUCUUCUGGGUUUUGGUCCAAGGACGUUGAUGGCGUCAGCUACAAUCAACUUCACAAGUUUUGGUGCGAGUUGUCUCGGGAAGGUAGACAGGAGCUUCUCAGGAUUGAUAGGCAGGCUGUUCUUGAGCAAGCUCGUAAGAACAUGUGUUGUUCUAAAUGCAUUGGCCUGCUGCUUGAAGACUUCUUGCAGAUUGUUUCAAGCGGGAAGCAGUCCUUGAAACAUAAAGGAGAUCUUCCAUGCAACAGAUCAGGAGCUUUAAGAGAUCAGAGUAAGGUUGCUAGUCACAGAUGUAGCGGUGAGUUGCAAGACCCCGGUGUUCAUCUAUGGGGAGGUCUCACCGCAACACGCGAUGGAUUACUCACAGUUCUUGACUGCUAUUUGUAUGCAAAAUCUUUCAAAGGGCUUCAGAACGUGUUUGAAAGUGGCAGAGCUCGCGAGAGGGAACGUGAGUUGCUCUAUCCUCAUGCUUGUGGAAGAAGUCAAGGGAUGAUUGGUUAUGGUAAAAGCCAUGGAACAACAAGAGAAACAUGUGCUUUACAUACCACAAGGCUCUCUUGUGAUACAUUAGUAGCAUUUUUGUCUGCGCUUGAAGAGGAAAGUAGACAAUCACUUUUGAGGAUGAAAGAAGAGGAUUUCAUUGAAAGACUAACCAACAGAUUCAAAUGCAAGAAGUUUUGUAAAGACUGCAGAAGAAAUGUUAUUAGGGAGUUUAAAGAGCUUAAGGAACUUAAACGAAUGCAGAGAGAACCACAAUGUACCGACUGGUUUUGUGUUGCCGACACAGCCAUUCAGUAUGAGGUGGGCAUUGAUUACGUCAGAGCAGAUUGGAGUCAAUAUUUUAGAGAGAAUGAUGGAUAUCAGUACAUCGAGUGGGCUAUUGGAACUGAAGAAUGGGAAACCGAUAUCCUCAAGUACCAAUAUGUAGGCAAUGAUGGGAGCGGGCAAGUCAAUGGCCUAGACCUUCGUGGAUUACGCCAAUGCUACAUCACUGUCAGGGCUUUUAAAGACAAUGGCCGCAGCUCUGAGAUAUCAGUCAAAGCCCAUGCAUUGAGAGGCCUAAAACAACAAUGCGUUCACUCAUGGUUUGUGGCUGGAGAUGGGUUCUUUUCGGUUAAAAGAGGGGACUGUAUAAGAGUGCUUUUUGAGCAUGCUGAAGAUGUGGAGGAACAAGAGGAUGAAGUCCUGGUUGAUAAAGAUGGGAAUGAGGUUGGUGGUGAGUGCUUGCGUCCACAGAAGCAUGCUAAGACUCCAGAACUAGCUCGAGAGUUUCUUUUAGAUGCUGCAGCUGUUAUUUUUAGGGAGCAGGUUGAAAAGGCAUAUAGGGAGAGUAGAGCCCGUGAAAAUGCACACAGUAUAUUUGUAUGCCUUUCAACUAAGCUAUUAGAGCAACGUGUUCACAUUGCCUGCAAGGAGAUUGUCACCUUGGAGAAUCAGAAAAGACUUGUCGAGGAAGAAGAGAAAGAAAAGCUUGAAGAAGAGGAGCGAAAAGGAAGGAAAAGAACAAAGGAAAGGGAGAAAAAAAAUCGCAGGAAGGAGAGGUUGAAGGAAAAAGAGCAGAAGAAGAAUCCAAAGUUUAGUGAUAAAGUAGUUUUGUCAAGGGAAGAAGCAGGGUUCCUGGAUCUUGAUGAGGAAAUGAACAGUAGUGUAAGCUGCGAGGAGGAGGCAGCAACUGAAACUGGAGAUGUAGAUCUGUCUCCACCUGAGGAUCAAGGUGGAGAUUGUUUGGAUGGUUGGAAACGGGUGAGUUACAACAAAGGAAGUAGGCAAGAAGUUACAACCCACUAUUGUGAAGAAGAUGGAAAGGGGUGCUUUACAACAAAGGAAGUAGGCAAGAAGAUGGAGGAAGUUGGCAUAAGAGAGAAGAAGAAUGAUGACAUGUACUCCAAAGAUCCUAUGAUGAUGAGUAGAACCUCAAGUUCAGAUAACUGCUCUUCAUGUCUUAGUGAAGGAGAUAGCAACGAAUCCCCCUCUAUGUCUGAUUCUGAUGAUGUCAGUCAGCACUCUGAAGGAAGAGAGGAUCUAGUGUCUACUGAAAACUAUAUGCCUGACUGUCACCAGAAGAUGACAGAGAAGAAUAUUGAUGAAAGAGACCUUUUAAGAAUUAAGAAUAUGUCUAAUCUUCCAGCUGAUAAUAUGGUACCCAGUGUUGAUACUGGUUCCUCCUACCUGUCCCAGCCACAAACCAUGAUGUUUCCCCAAAGGCCUCCAGUCUUCCAGGCUCCUGGUUACUACCAUCAAGCUCCUGUCUCUUGGUCUGCAGCUCCAGCCAAAGGACUAAUGCCAUUCCCUCCUCAUCCGAACCCCAUUGAACCUCUUGGAUAUGGGACCCCAUUGAACCAUUCAGCAACCCCUUUCUUCAACUCCAAGACAGCUCCACUUUUUCAUCCGUACCAAGCUCAGACUCUUGAGCCAUUGGAACACAGUUAUCUGAAGGAAGCAGCAGAUGAAAGGAAAGACAUGGAAACUCCAAGCAGUAGAGGUCCCCAAACUGAUAGUGACAAAAACUUCUCCUUGUUCCACUUUGGUGGUCCGGUUGCUCUGUCUACAGGAAGUAAGUCAGGAAAUCAUGUUUUUGGUGAUCUCACCGGCAAUUGCAAGAAUAAGAAAGAAGAGAGGAGAGUAGGUGAAGAGUACAACUUGUUUGCAAAAAAUAACAGUUUGAGGUUUUAUAUCUUCUAAAAUGUUUUAUCAUACAAUCUCUUGGGACUUGCUUAUUGUGAUUCAUUACUCAGUAAAAUCUUUGUUUGGUUGUUUUA